AUGGAGAAAAUAAAAAUUCGAUUUUUAUCUUUUGGUAUUUUUGGGGUUUUGGAGGAAGCGAAGGAUGAAGGGAGAAGGUUGAGGACGAGAGGGAGAUGGAGAUGGAGAGGAAGAAGGAGGCGGAGCUUGGGGUCAACGGGAAAGGAAGGGUUGUUGUAUGAUGAUGAUGAUGAUGAUGUUGAUGAUGAGAGUGGAGACGAUGACGAGGAGGAGGAGGAAGAGGAGGAAGAGCCACAGGAGAUCGUGGAAGUGAAGGAUGAUGAUGAGGAAAAGGAUGAUGAUGAGGAGGAGGAUGAGAACUUGAGAGGUGGGCCGGAGGUUCAUACUGUGGAUGAUGAGGAUGAGGAGGAUGAGGAUGGGAACGGAGAUGAAGAGGAUGGAGAUGGAGAUGAUGGUGAAGGUGGUGAUGAUGACGAUGAGGACGAUGGAGAGGAUGAUGACGGUGAGGAUGAUGAUGAGCAAGAAGAGGAGGAUAUGGGAACUGAAGUCCUAGUUCAGCCGGUGGGCCGGGCUGAAGACGAGGAAGAUGCAAGUGACUUCGAGCCAGGUGAAGAGAACGGUGAGGACGAAGACAGUGAUGAAGAGAACACCGGUGAUGCUGGAAAGGUCGGAGCCUCUUCAAAACGAAAGAGGUCUGGUAACGAUAACGAUGAUUCUGAUGAAGAUGAUGACAGUGGUGAGGAUGAUGAAAGGCCUUCAAAAAGAUAGAUAGGCCAUAGAUUUGCAGUAAUAAGAAUACAAAGACCUGCAUGGAUUGAAGAAAGGAACCUUUUCCAGUAGUUGAUUGUGGGGGGUCUUUUGUUGAUUAGAAUUUGUACAAGAUAGGAAACUUUGUUUCUCAAUUAGCACAUUAUUAGAUGCUUUUUUUUCUUUUCUUUUCAGGCUCUUUGAUCUUUCUUUUUUCUUUCCUUUAUUUUGUUUUGAAUCUUUUCUCUUACUUUGUUAGAUGGACACCUUGUAACUCUUCAGGUUUAAUUUUUAUUCAGGUGUUGUGGAUUUUAUUUA